AUGGUUGCACCAACUGCUAUGCAGAAGAUGGCGCAUCCAGAAGGUUGCAGCAUCACAAAGCUCUUGUUGCAGACACUAUCUUCAUGGGCUACUUCCAGCGUUGAAGAGGUUGGUUCAACAGGACCCGGAAUCAGAUUUUUCCAACUAUAUGUAAGCUCCAUGGCACGUUAUAAUUACUCGCUCAUGAAUGUGGUUGCUCAGCUUGUGAGAAGAACUGAGAGUGCUGGAUUUAAAGCAAUAGCUCUCACUGUUGAUACACCAAGGCUUAGUCACAGAGAAUCUGAUAUUAAGAACAGGACCUAG